AUGUUGCAGCGUCACUCAAAGUCUCUCCUCUUCAGUGCACUCCUGACGCUAUUCACUCUUGUCUCUGGGUUGGGUACAUCCUGCUCGGCACCAUUGGGUGGCGGAACAGCAGCACCAAGUGAUCCGUAUUGGCUUCAAACUAUCAAGCAUCAAGGCACUUCGGCCUUCAACUCGAACUCGAGUUCUUACCAGGUUUUUAGAAAUGUCAAGGAUUUCGGAGCCAAGGGUGAUGGUGUCACCGAUGAUACGGCUGCAAUCAACUCCGCCAUGUCCUCCGGUGAACGUUGCGGCGGUGGAUCUUGUGGUUCUUCCACCGUUACUCCGGCGAUCGUGUAUUUCCCUGCAGGGACUUACCUCGUAUCUUCGGCGAUUAACACGUAUUAUUACACUCAGAUGAUCGGAGAUGCAAAGAACCCUCCAACCCUCCUUGCCAACUCAUCUUUCAAUGGCUUUGCAGUCAUCGAUGCCGAUCCCUAUAUUCCCAAUGGCUGGGGCGCCCAAUGGUUUUCUAACCAAAACAACUUCUAUCGUUCCAUUCGCAACUUGAUCAUCGACCUUAGGCAGAUCCCUGCGUCGACUUCGGCAAUUGGUUUGCACUGGCAGGUUUCGCAAGGCACUUCGCUCAUCAAUAUCGUGGUCGAGAUGUCCACUGCUUCUAAUAACAAUCACCAAGGCAUAUUCAUGGAGAAUGGGAGUGGUGGAUUUAUGGGAGACAUCAUAUUCAACGGAGGGAAGUACGGGAUUCAAGUCGGUAACCAGCAGUUUACGGUUCGUAAUUUGACAGUAAAUAAUGCUGCCACUGCUGUCUCUGGCAUCUGGAAUUGGGGAUUCACAUUUCAAGGAGUUACGAUUAACAAUUGUCAAGUCGGCUUUGAUUUAACAAGCGGUGGAACAACAAUAAAUAAUCAAACCGUCGGUUCAGAGGCUAUCAUCGAUGCAGUCGUGACCAAUACCCCCAUUUUUCUUCGAUCUUCGGUAGCGAGCAAUGGUCGACUGGCCGGCUCCCUCGUUCUCAACAACAUCAAGUUGAUCAACGUGCCCACCGCAGUCGGUGUUGUAGGCGGAACUACGGUCCUUGCUGGUGGUACGACUACGAUCGCUUCGUGGGGUCAAGGAAAUGUGUAUUCUGGAACCAGUGGAUCCAAGAAUUUUACACAAGGAAACAUCGUCUCUGCUAACAAGCCCUCCGUCCUUUUGGAUAGUACUGGUCGAAUCUUCGGAAAGACUCAUCCUCAGUACGCAAACUACGCGACGAACCAAUUCAUCAGCGUCAAGAGCCAGGGUGCAAAAGGCGACGGCCGCACAGAUGACACCGCCGCUAUUCAAAACAUCCUGGAUGAGUACGCUGGAUGCAAGAUCAUCUUCUUUGAUGCAGGAACAUAUUAUGUGACGAAUACCAUCGCCAUUCCCGCCGGAGCUCAGAUCGUCGGUGAAGCCUGGUCAGUAAUAAUGGCUGGCGGGAGCGCUUUCAGCGAUCAGAGCAACCCUCGUGCUGUUAUCCAAGCAGGCGCAGCCAAUUCUCAAGGUGUUCUGGAGAUAAGCGAUAUGGUCUUUACCACUGCCGGACCUACUCCCGGUGCGAUAAUGAUCAAGUGGAACGUGCACGAUCCAUCCGGUCAGCAAGCGGCUGCAGGAAUGUGGGAUAGCCAUAUCAGGUUGCAUUUUGACUCUUCCUUGUUAGCUGCGGGCACGAACAUGCAGUAUUCACAAUGUCCCUCGGGAUCUGUCAACACUGCCUGUCAAGCUGCUUUCCUCGGGAUACAUUUGACUUCUGGAUCGAGUGCAUACCUCGAGGGCACGUGGGUCUGGACCGCCGACCACGACCUUGAUUCUUCGGGCUCCUCUCAAAUCUCGGUAUUUGCUGGUCGUGGAAUUCUUUCCGAGUCACAUGGCCCCGUGUGGCUUAUUGGCACAUCUGAACACGCUGCAUUGUACCAAUAUAGCUUGGUAAACGCUCAGAACCACUACAUUGGCUUUGCCCAGACCGAAACGCCAUAUUACCAACCCUCUCCGGCCGCGCCAGCACCAUUUAGCACUGUGUCAUCUUACAAUGACCCUACUUUUUCGAGUUCGAUCGACAUGGCCUGGGGAAUGUACAUCAAGUCUUCAAGCAACAUUAUCAUAUUUGGAGCGGGCUUCUACAGCUUCUUCCAAAAUUAUAGCCAAGACUGUUUGAACACUAGUAAUAGUACUUGCCAAGCGCAAAUUUUCAACGUCGAUUCCGCGUCGAACAUCACUGCAUAUAGUGUGUCGACCAUAGGCAUUACUUACCAGCUCAGCGUGUCACAGAAUGGGGUGAUCCACUCAAGCGAUAAUGCUGAUGGGUUCCAACAGACUUUCACAGCUUGGAACAAGUAG